GAUAGUCAAGUUCACUCAGUAGUACGUGAAUGUUCGCGACGUUCGAACGUUAUUGGCUUGCGCGCUACGCUUAGAAUAAAACAAUUUGAUAUUCGAAGGUGCUUCCGUUUUAGUUUCGGCAAAUUUUUUAUACAAUAAAAAAAAUAAAGUGUCCCUUUCUGAUCGAAAGUGUUGGAGAAAACCAAAUUGUGGCAGGAUUCGUUAUCAAAAACAAAAAAAAACAUGACUGCCGAGUCAUUGAAACCGUUUCUGAACCCACCCGCAGCUUUGAGUGCGCUUCCUUCGGAAUGCUCUGAGAAGAAAUCGGUGAAUAAAUGCGUGCUUAUCUGUAGUGCUAUGGUUCUGUUUCUUCUAUCGAUUUCGAUCGUUGGGUUAGAGAUAUGGAACAUCAGCAGAAUCUCCGAACUGCAGCGCAAUGUCGAUAAGCUUAAACAGCAGAUGCAAGAGCUUAGCCAUUUGCGUAUCGGAAAUCUAGAGGACUUCAACGACUUUGAACAAGCUUAUGACACCAACGACAUUCAACCCAGCUCCGACGAGUAUGAUGAGGAACCGUACGACGGGGAAAGUGACAUCGAGGAGGGAAGCACCAGCGUGUUCGGAAUUCCGGACUAUCGCCUGGACGAUAUCGAGACGGAAAUUAGCGUGACGGCCACUAACACAAUCGAUGGCAAACGGAAGGCUCGUUCGAUUGCCGAAAUGACCUACCAGGGAAUUCCUAUUUAUGAAGAGCCGUACAUGAACCUCCAUCAGAACCGCUCCCGACACCAGCAUUUCCGUCACCAGCAGCAGCAGCAAACACAUCGGUCCGGACAUUAUCAGCAGAUGCGCCAACGGCCAGAGGAGCUGGCAACUCCACCGCCACAACUGAAGCUCAAAUGGGACGAUGAAAACAGGGAAAUUCCAUCACACCAACAGUUGAACUUUGUGGACAAACAUUCCACACGAAGGCAUCACAUUGCUGAGCGGCUUCAGACCCCGUUUGCCACCGCUGCCACCGACAGUCUGCCGUCAGUUCCUUCCUACGUUCGCCGGAAUGAGUUUGAUAGAAGGGAAAAGUUCGUGGAAAAUUCACAGCCUAACUGGGUUGGGCCAGAUCACACCACAAAACCCCCGGGGUCAACACAUGACCGCCGGAGUCGAGUUAUGUUUACAAAUGCGGAGAACAAAUACCCAAAAGUUAUCAAGAAUCCAGGAAAGUACAUGGAAUCACGUCAACCGCCAGUCCAUCGGGUAGGACGAAUCAUACGCAAGGCGGGUGCUCCGAGUCGUGUAACUGCGCUCCAUCUGGCGAAAUACCACCCGCACUAUACCAACUUCAGGGCUACGAAUCAUGCAACUUGGCACUGGCUUCCAGUUGAUGCGGCCAACCACGAAUCACUGAACUCGGGUAUUUUCAAACUGUCCCACAAUGGCACCCUCACAGUGAACGACUCCGGAUUAUACUUCGUCUAUGCUCAGAUCACCUACGCAGACCUGCAUCCGAUCAGUGGCUUCAACAUUCUGGUCAACGGGAAGAAACACGCGUCAUGCUCUGUUCAUGGACAGCAUGGCAAGAAGACGAGCACUUGCUACACCGCUGCAUUGAUAGACCUUGAGAACGGAUACCAGCUGGAGGUAGUCGACAUAGACGAAGGCCGUGUCCACCUCCCGUUCCAGGAGAAGACUUUCUUUGGUUUGUACAAACUCGGCAGACGACCGCUGGCAGCAAGCAAUACUUAAGCCAACGAUGAACAACACGUCCCAAACUUUUGUACAUAUACGAUUCCCUAAUCUAUUGUGUAGUUUUAAGUAACUCAUUAAUAUUUAUCCUGACUUGUUAUUAAUACGAGUAUGUAUUGAAUGUGUUAUCUCUGCUGUUAUCGUGAUAUACAAAACCAAGGUUACAGAACUCUUGUGAAAUAAAUGAAAUCAACACA